CGUGUCCGGGCGGGAUUGGGCCGCCGCCCUAUAUAGCAGCCGGGGCCCGGGCGCCGCGCCUCGGAGCGUCCCGGCUUCUCCCGCGCGGCGGGCGGGCGAGCGAGCGAGCGAGCAAGCGGCAGGACCAGCGGGCGGGGGCCCACGACAAAAGCUGGCAGGCUGACAGGCGGCCCCAGGACGGACUUUCUGGCUACUGACCGUUUUGCUGUGCUUUUCCCGGAUUGUGUGUAGGUGUGAGAUCAACCAUGAGCUCCGUUGCAGUUUUGACCCAGGAGAGUUUUGCCGAACACCGAAGUGGGCUGGUUCCGCAGCAGAUCAAAGUUGCCACUCUAAAUUCAGAAGAGGAGAGUGACCCUCCAACCUACAAGGAUGCCUUCCCUCCACUUCCUGAGAAAGCUGCUUGCCUGGAAAGUGCCCAGGAGCCCGCUGGAGCCUGGGGUAACAAGAUCCGGCCCAUCAAGGCUUCUGUCAUCACUCAGGUGUUCCAUGUACCCCUGGAGGAGAGAAAAUACAAGGAUAUGAACCAAUUUGGAGAAGGUGAACAAGCAAAAAUCUGCCUUGAGAUCAUGCAGAGAACCGGCGCUCACCUGGAGCUGUCUUUGGCCAAAGACCAAGGCCUGUCCAUCAUGGUGUCGGGAAAGCUGGAUGCUGUCAUGAAAGCUCGGAAGGACAUUGUUGCUAGACUGCAGACUCAGGCCUCAGCAACUGUUGCUAUUCCCAAAGAACACCAUCGCUUUGUUAUUGGCAAAAAUGGAGAGAAACUGCAAGACUUGGAGCUAAAAACUGCAACCAAAAUCCAGAUCCCACGCCCGGAUGACCCCAGCAAUCAGAUCAAGAUCACUGGCACCAAAGAGGGCAUCGAGAAAGCUCGCCAUGAAGUCUUACUCAUCUCUGCCGAGCAGGACAAACGUGCCGUGGAGAGGCUAGAAGUAGAAAAGGCAUUCCAUCCCUUCAUCGCCGGGCCGUAUAACAGGCUGGUUGGCGAGAUCAUGCAGGAGACAGGGACACGCAUCAACAUUCCCCCACCCAGCGUGAACCGGACGGAGAUCGUCUUUACUGGAGAGAAGGAGCAGUUGGCUCAGGCUGUGGCUCGCAUCAAGAAGAUUUAUGAGGAGAAGAAAAAGAAGACCACAACCAUCGCAGUGGAAGUGAAGAAAUCCCAGCACAAGUAUGUCAUCGGGCCCAAGGGCAAUUCUUUGCAGGAGAUCCUUGAGAGAACCGGCGUUUCAGUUGAGAUCCCACCCUCAGACAGCAUCUCAGAGACUGUAAUACUUCGAGGCGAGCCUGAAAAGUUAGGUCAGGCGUUGACUGAAGUCUAUGCCAAGGCCAAUAGCUUCACCGUCUCCUCUGUCGCCGCCCCUUCCUGGCUUCACCGUUUCAUCAUUGGCAAGAAAGGACAGAACCUGGCCAAAAUCACUCAGCAGAUGCCAAAGGUUCACAUCGAGUUCACAGAGGGCGAAGACAAGAUCACCCUGGAGGGCCCUACCGAGGAUGUCAGUGUGGCCCAGGAACAGAUAGAAAGCAUGGUCAAAGAUCUGAUUAACCGGAUGGACUACGUCGAGAUCAACAUCGACCACAAGUUCCACAGGCACCUCAUUGGGAAGAGUGGCGCCAACAUAAACAGAAUCAAAGACCAGUACAAGGUGUCCGUGCGCAUCCCUCCCGACAAUGAGAAGAGCAACCUGAUCCGCAUCGAGGGGGACCCGCAGGGUGUGCAGCAGGCCAAGCGAGAGCUGCUGGAGCUUGCGUCUCGCAUGGAAAAUGAGCGUACCAAGGAUCUAAUCAUUGAGCAGAGAUUUCAUCGCACAAUCAUUGGGCAGAAAGGCGAACGGAUCCGUGAAAUUCGUGACAAAUUCCCAGAGGUUAUUAUCAAUUUCCCAGACCCAGCACAAAAAAGUGACAUCGUCCAGCUCAGAGGACCCAAGAAUGAGGUGGAAAAAUGCACAAAGUACAUGCAGAAGAUGGUGGCAGAUCUGGUGGAAAACAGCUACUCAAUUUCUGUUCCGAUCUUCAAACAGUUCCACAAGAACAUCAUUGGGAAAGGAGGUGCAAACAUUAAAAAGAUUCGUGAGGAAAGCAACACCAAGAUUGAUCUUCCAGCAGAGAACAGCAAUUCAGAGACCAUUGUCAUCACAGGCAAGCGGGCCAACUGCGAAGCCGCCCGGAGCAGGAUUCUGUCUAUCCAGAAAGACCUGGCCAACAUAGCGGAGGUAGAGGUCUCCAUCCCUGCCAAGCUGCACAACUCCCUCAUUGGCACCAAGGGCCGUCUGAUCCGCUCAAUCAUGGAGGAGUGCGGCGGAGUCCACAUUCACUUUCCCGUGGAAGGUUCAGGAAGCGACACUGUUGUUAUCAGGGGCCCUUCCUCGGAUGUGGAGAAGGCCAAGAAGCAGCUCCUGCAUCUGGCGGAAGAGAAGCAAACCAAGAGUUUCACUGUUGACAUCCGCGCCAAGCCGGAGUACCACAAAUUCCUCAUUGGCAAGGGGGGCGGCAAAAUCCGCAAGGUGCGUGACAGCACUGGAGCACGCGUCAUCUUCCCUGCGGCCGAGGACAAGGACCAGGACCUGAUCACCAUCAUCGGAAAGGAGGACGCCGUCCGGGAGGCACAGAAGGAGCUGGAGGCCUUGAUCCAAAACCUGGAUAAUGUGGUGGAAGACUACAUGCUGGUGGACCCCAGGCACCACCGCCACUUCGUCAUCCGAAGAGGCCAGGUCUUGCGGGAGAUUGCUGAAGAGUACGGUGGCGUGAUGGUCAGCUUCCCACGCUCUGGCACACAGAGCGACAAAGUCGCCCUCAAGGGCGCCAAGGACUGUGUGGAGGCAGCCAAGAGGCGCAUUCAGGAGAUCAUUGAGGACCUGGAAGCUCAGGUGACAUUAGAAUGUGCUAUACCCCAGAAAUUCCAUCGAUCUGUCAUGGGCCCCAAAGGUUCCAGAAUCCAGCAGAUUACUCGGGAUUUCAGUGUUCAAAUUAAGUUCCCAGACAGAGAGGAGAACCCAGUUCACAGUGUAGAGCCAGUUGUCCAGGAGAAUGGGGAUGAAGCAGGGGAGGGGAGAGAGGCCAAAGACGCUGACCCAGGCUCUCCAAGGAGGUGUGACAUCAUCAUCAUCUCCGGCCGGAAAGAAAAGUGUGAGGCUGCCAAGGAAGCCCUGGAGGCCCUGGUACCUGUCACCAUCGAAGUACAGGUGCCCUUCGACCUUCACCGUUACAUCAUUGGGCAGAAAGGAAGUGGGAUCCGCAAGAUGAUGGAUGAGUUUGAGGUGAACAUACAUGUCCCAGCACCUGAGCUGCAGUCCGACAUCAUCGCCAUCACGGGCCUCACUGCAAAUUUGGACCGGGCCAAGGCUGGACUGCUGGAGCGUGUGAAGGAACUGCAGGCCGAGCAGGAGGACCGGGCUUUAAGGAGUUUUAAGCUGAGUGUCACUGUAGACCCCAAAUACCAUCCCAAGAUUAUCGGGAGAAAGGGGACAGUGAUUACCCAAAUCCGGCUGGAGCAUGACGUGAACAUCCAGUUCCCCGAUAAGGACGAUGGGAGCCAGCCUCAGGACCAAAUUACCAUCACAGGGUACGAAAAGAACACAGAAGCCGCCAGGGACGCCAUACUGAGAAUUGUGGGUGAGCUUGAGCAGAUGGUUUCUGAGGACGUCCCGCUGGACCACCGUGUUCACGCCCGCAUCAUCGGGGCCCGCGGCAAAGCCAUUCGCAAAAUUAUGGACGAGUUCAAGGUGGACAUUCGCUUCCCACAGAGUGGAGCCCCAGACCCCAACUGCGUCACUGUGACAGGGCUCCCAGAGAACGUGGAGGAAGCCAUUGACCACAUCCUCAACCUGGAGGAGGAAUACCUGGCCGAUGUGGUGGACAGCGAGGCGCUGCAGGUGUACAUGAAACCCCCAGCACACGAGGAGGCCAAGGCGCCAUCCAGAGGCUUUGUGGUGCGGGACGCACCCUGGACCGCCAGCAGCAGUGAGAAGGCUCCUGACAUGAGCAGCUCUGAGGAAUUUCCCAGUUUUGGGGCUCAGGUGGCUCCCAAGACCCUCCCUUGGGGCCCCAAACGGUAAUGAUCGAAAUGCAGAAACCUCUCCAGCCUGCUGACCCGAACCCAACCACACAAGGGUUUGUCUCAGUCUGACCCAGCGGCUGGACCCUCCGCAAAUUGUUGACGCUGUCCCCCCUUCCGAGGUCUCACAGAGAAGCCUAGCGCCUGGCUCUGUGUGCGCCGCUCCUCCAGGCCUGGCCGUGCCCAGUGCCUGCUCAGGACCUGCUCCACUGUUAACACUAAACAAGGUCAUGAGCACUCAUGCUAAGAACAGCUCCUGGUCCACCCGGCAUGCCAGUCAGCACUCUGACCUUCACGAGAGCACCGCGGCUGCGGCUAGGAUUCGACUUCCUGUGUCAUGACCUCAGGAAAUAAACUUCCUUGACUUUAUAAAAGCCAAACGUUUGCCCUCUUCCUUUCCCACCUCCCUCCUGCCCAUCUCCCGUGGUCCAGACCCUCCUGGUGGUGGAGUGCAGCUGCCUCCAGCUGCCACAGCACCUCAGCACAGGUGUCAGGGUGCAAGGAGGACCUGGCUCUGGACAUCGGGAGGGCAGAUUCCUGGAGCUGGAGGGGUGACUUGGGUUAUCAGGCAGCCCUGAUUUUACCUGCUAUGGGGUCUGAAAGCACCAAGGGUCCCUGCCCCUGCCUCCACUGCCAGACCCUCCGCCUGAGGUCUGGUGAGUGGCGCCUGGAGGCGAGGUGGCAUGUACCAUCCGGGGCCCCUGUGGCCGGCACAGCGUCUUGAGACAUGCACGGGAUGGGGGAGGUAGGGCCUUACGCUUAUCCUCAGUGGGGACAGUUUGCCUUAGUUGACAGCUGGGCUUUUCUUCACGCCACCUGCAGCCCCUGCCUGCUCCUGCCCUAGAUGCCACGUGUUCAGUUGCCUUCUUCCUACCUCAGCCAGUGUGGAGUGGUCUCUGGUAUACUUAGUGCCACCCCACAAACUCGUCUUUAUUUAGAUGUUUCUGGUGGUUGUGGGUUUGCCAGUGGAGCUGUGGGUGGGCGCCGUGGACCAGAGCUGGAGGCUGGUGCGCUCCCUCAGCACAGGUGGGUCCGGAGUGGGAUCGGCACUGCCACCCCACCCACAGGCCGUCAGAUGUGCAGGCCAGCCCCUAGGAGAAGGUACCAGGUGAUGGGCAGUUUUCACGGUGCGGAACCGAGAGAUGAUGGCCUCGAGCACCAGGUAGAGCAGACCGAACAGCGGGCGCCAAGAGCCCUGCCCACCAAGGGAGGCGUCUGUGUCGUGAGGACCAAGGGCGGUCCUUGUCUCUGGUUGUCUGUCCCCCACCGAGGGGACUGGGCUGCUAGUGAGCUGUCCUGUCCUAGGUGCUUGAUUACAGAAAAGCUGACUUGCGGCCACACCUCUGUCCUCCCUGGGGACAGUCGCUUCUGCCUUGACUCCUCACCCGUUUCUCCCUCUUGGAUAACUCAGCUGGGCCAUCUUCAGACUCGCAUUCCUGAGUAGACCCGGAACAGCUUCGCCCACGUCUAACUGCAGCUGCCUCGGCAAGGCCCCUGAAUGGGCCUGUUGACAGGAAGGGUAAACUGGAUAGGAAAGAACCCUUCCUCUGCUUCGUGGGCUGGGUGGCCGUGGAUUGGGAACCGAGGAAAGGACGCAAGGCACUUUGCUGCCAGUGUGGGAGGACAGGCGCUUCCCGCCUGCAUGAGUUCUGGAGCUUCCGUCCUGGCUCCAUCCCGGCGGGCUCCUCCCGGCUUUUCUACAGUGUCCUGAAACAUCCGGCCCCUGUCCUCCCCCAAAGGUGGAUUUUACAUUCUCACCAAGCUACACAUCUGUGUGUUGCUCAGCGUCUCAGAUGCAAGCCCUUUCCUCAGCUGUGCAGGGCCUCUCACUCUUCUUCUUUGGGUGAUUGUGACAAAGGAACGACUGUACCCCUGCCUGUCCCCCUGAGGCACCUGUGCUGUCAGGAGAGCCUGGGCAGGGAUGGGGCCCGGGUGAGGAAUGUGUGUGUUUUUCCUCCUUGCUGAAUGUCUUCCAUGUCAUGUUUCCAUAGCUACAAUCCAUCCCUUGGCCUUAACUUUGGAAUUUGGAGAUUAUAUGCAAACGUGUAAAUGCUCAUGAAUAUGGAUGACACUGGAAUUUUAUAAAUUCUAAAAUAAAACCCAAAACCAGA